AUGUUUAUUCUGUUCAUCAAAACGAAUAGAAAUGUAUUCAUGACUGCAAGAAAUGGACGCGAUUUUACGGGUAAAGUAGUGUUAGUGACGGGUUCGAGCUCCGGGAUCGGCGAGUCUGUGGUUAAGCUAUUCUCGGCUCUCGGGGCCAAUGUUGUGGUCACCGGACGUAAAGCGGAUCGAGUGAAUCGUGUGGCUCAAGAGGCGCAACAAUUGUCACCUAAAAAACUCCAGCCUUUAGCUAUUGUGGCCGAUGUGACCAAAAGCGUCGACUUAAACAAUUUGCUAAAUGAAACUAUAAAAACAUUUGGUAAAUUAGAUGUGUUGGUCAACAAUGCAGGGAUGGGACUAUUUUCACCCGUAAAGGAUUCAAACUUUAUGAAAGUGUUCGACACUUUAAUUAAGGUUAAUCUUAAGCCUUACCUCAAGUUAACACAUUUGGCGGUCCCUUAUUUAGAGGCAACAAAUGGCAGUGUUAUCAGUAUAUCAAGUGUUAUUGGAAUGGUUCCGUUGUCCGAUUUUACAGUUGGCGGAUGCGUUAUAGGUUUCGACCGCGGCUAUAAUACUGGUUUUGUGACCGGGAACUUAACCCGGGGUGCUGAUCCCGAGAUGACGAAAAUGCUUCAGCAGGAAAUGUUUAAACGCAUACCAUUGCAAAAAGUUGGUCAACCCCUGGAUGUGGCCAAUGCUGCCGUGUUUUUGGCCUCAAAGGACGCGCAGUAUAUAACGGGCGCUAAUCUAGUGAUCGACGGCGGGAUUCUGUAUAACUCGGGAGGAAUUCUAUAA